AUGAAAUGAAAAUGCUUGUGCGUUACAUUCAAAUGUCGAAUCCUCCCAUGUAAAAGAUUUUUAUGCUGUUGUCGACUGAGUAAAGGCAUAAAAUGAGUCAUAAUAAUCUAUACACUAGCCUUUUUAGUCUUCUUGGGUUCACUAAUUUGGCAGAUAUCCAUGGUCCACACAGAUAGUAUGAAUUGCAGUUCUGUAAUGGGUCAUGUCCAAUCAGCAAUGUGAACUAUAUUUGGAAACAGAAGCUUCAUGGUGAUUGCUUAUCCUCUCUUCAUUACCACUCUUUAUGGGCUCACUUCUGGGUUUGGAAUAUAUGUGUGGUGAGGCCAAUUCCAAAUUUUUGCAGUUGAAAAGUACUUCUACAUUCUCUUCGUAAUAAUGGGCUCAGAGAACAUCAACAGUGCUAUCGCCUCAAUUGCUGUGAAUGAUGAGAAUAUGGGUUUAGUGUUGAUCAUGAUUACAAUAGAAGUAUUCAUCCAUGCUUACCUUAUUGGAAUUGUCUACUCCUUUUUGCUAGAGACAGACCUGAAAUAUCGAAUAAAGAGAAGAGAGGAAGCUAAGAAUGAAACUGAUAAAACUCCAGAAGUGACUGAAGUUACUCUAAUCGAGAGUCCUCAGACUGCUAUUAAUUCUGAACCACAACAAGAGUAACCUUUAUAUUUGAAGUU